CCCUGAGGUGAAACCGGCUUGUUGGAGACGGACACAGUUGGAGACAGGAUGAAGCCCUUCGCAACAAUUGUGCUUGUGAUGUGCAUUUACCUGUCAGGAUCGGACAGUGCAGGAUUAUAUGGAAAAUCAGUGAUAUUCCCAACCGAGACAGACAACAGCUUCGUCAGGUUGAAUGCGCCUCACUUCGCCAGUUUGACCGCCUUUACUGUUUGUUUCAGGGCAGCCACUGAAGCAACACGCCCUUUCAGUUUGCUCUCCUACGCAACAAGCUAUUCCCACAACGAACUCCUGAUUUUGCAUGUAAAUAAAACACAACUCUAUGUGUUGUUAGGAAGUAGUGAAGAUAGGUUUUACGUCCCUGAAAUGAAUUCUUUACUGAGACACAUCUGUGUGAACUGGGAGUCUAAAGGGGGUGAGAUAAUAGUCUGGGUCAAUGGGAGACGCAGUGUACAGAAGAUUGGUGGAAAGGGUCGGGUUGUGAGAGGGUCUGGUCAGUUUUUUCUUGGUCAGGAGCAAGACUCAGUCGGUGGAAAUUUUGACAAGAAACAAUCCUUUGUCGGAGAGAUAACUGAUGUUAAUAUGUGGGAUCGUGUUCUAAAACCCAAUGAGAUUGAGUUGAUCAGUCAGGGGUGUUACGGUGAUGGAGGGAACAUCAUUGACUGGGGAUCUACAACAUUUACACCAGGAGGGAACGUCAUAAUUGAAGACAAUAAUGAUUGUACACUUUAAAUGUUUUGGCUCCAAAAGGCAUUUAAAUGUGCAGAGGGGUACACAAUCUCCGCAAACUACUGUAGCUGAAUAUGACCUUGCUUUGCAAUCUUUCCUCUCUAAACCAGAUCAGUAGUAAAAGUAGUGGUGUUGAUUCCAGAAUAAAGGGCUGUUCACGUCAGGGUAAGGGACAACUCACUGUCCUUCCAGUUUCUCAUCACCCUCACUGACAGGGUAAUGGCUUCAAAUUCAAUACACAAGAGUCUCGGCCAUUCUCCGUCACACAUUGAGAGAGGGAUGGGGAGCGGGGAACCAUGGUGGAUGUCUACAGGGAUCAGCAGGGUGUAAACCGCAGGGCACUGCCCCACACACUGACCCUUGACUGAAGCCCAGGGACUGCCCAGAACAGACAAGUCCGCCGUCUUUAACCAGACUCCCCUCCUCGA